AUGGCCAAAGUCGAUUUGGCCAACGUCGUCGUCCACCGGCCUCUCUCGCGCCCCACCUCUCCCUUCAAGUCUCCAACACCUGUACGCUCAGCCCUCUCUCCAGACCCCAUCCUCCGCCCAAGGGCCAAGAUCAACAGCGGCGCAAGCGUCCGCAAACUCUCCAGCGCCAUAGGCAUCGGCACCAGAGCUCCCGCUACCCCCGCUUCACGCGCCAACUCACCCUUCAAACCGCACAAGGCUCUUUCCAAUGUUUCUACCUCUGGCUCUCGCUCUGUCGUCGACGGCCCCUCGCCGAAAUCAAAGGUGACGCUCACGACCCGCGUCGUGGCUCGUCAACGUUCCUUGACGGGGAGCAUCUCUGACCCGUCCUUCAUAACCCACUCCAGAGUGCGACGCGGCAGUGGCUCUCUUCACCCCAAUGACCUGCCUUCUUCUCUUGCCCAGGUCUCUCCUGAGCUUCCCUCCGAGAACCACCUUUCUCCUGCCCCUCCUUUGACACCCGGGCCAAGUCCAAUACGCGUCAAGUCCAAGGUCACCUCUAGAGUAACCAACCUCGUCAAGGCAUCUACUCCUUCAUCUCUCAGCGGUGCCAUUUCGCUUCCUUCGUCUCCUUCUUUUCUUACGGGUCGCCCAAUACAUGCGCGCGCACGCGCACCAUCAAUAUCUAGCAUCGCUCUCCCAUCUGUCCCUUCCUCCCCGAUAUCGUCCGUAUCGUGUUAUCCUAUCACAACCCCCGCGCCAGCUGCUAACCCUCACCGAUACGCCUCUCUACGAUCUAGCCCCAGCGUCGGCGCGCAUCGUUUCCAGGGGUUCGCGGUCAGCGAUGACUCUGACGUCCAUUACGGUGCAAAGUUUAUCAAUGUCACCUCAAAGAUCGACCCUUCAACCAUACCACUGCCACAACAGUCUCCUCCGACGUCGACUGUCUCCUUUUCGUCGCGCUCGUCCCAUUCUUCGGCAUCGCAGCAUAGCACGGCACCGACGCUUGGCUCGUAUGUCAACGGCUCAGCUGUGGUGGAGCGGGGACUCAGCCCUCGCUCAAGUCUGGAAGGACUCACAGACCAACAGAGUCCAGGAUCCCGGAGACAUUCCGUCGCGGGCGUGAACAGCCUGGGUGUAUUUCGAGUGCAGCCCGACGAUUCAGAGAGGAAGAUCAAGGCAGAGGCCAAGUCCAACCGCAAGGCGAGUCCCCUUAUUGCCGAUCUAGAAAUUUCGAACCGAUCGCUGCUCGCGAUCAACGUGUCCCUCGAGGCGACGAAGGACAAGCAGGCGAAGGAAAUCCGAGACCUGCGGCGUAAGCUGCGGGAAUCUCGCCUCAUUCUCCCACCGCGGACGUACCGCGCCGUCAAGUCCUCCCUUGGCCCAAUUGACAAGGCGCUCGAGGAUGGAGGGGACGAGGACGAGGACGAAGAGGGGGACGAGGGCACCGAGGAAAGCUUCGUACAGCAGGACGAUACAUACCGCCGCGUGAAGGGGCUGCUGGACAGCCUUAUCGAGGGCGGCAAGCGUGCGCUGGCAACGACGCCCGCCGAUUUUAAAGAAGCAGGGCCAACGGUGCUCAGUGCGGAGGAGGUACGGACUUGGAGGCGGGGAGACGACGUCUCAGAAGUGCUCUCUACGCGAGACGCGGCGACGGACGUCGACUCGGAUGUUGAGGGCGACGCCCACCGCCGACCAUUCACACCGUCGCGUGUCGCUGUACCGGACGACGACGACGACGACCUGGAUUCUGAAGGCGAGGUCGAGGCAUUGAUGGACCCCUACCCCGACGUCAUACCCCCUGCGCUUCUUCCGCCCAUCACAGUAACACUUUCAUAAGUUUCGCCUUUCUAAUCGGUGCAUUUGCAUUCGCGCGUUCGCAGGUUCGAUAUUAUGCUUUUGUGUUUUUGUUAUGUUCCCCUGUUACGACCGAACGAUACCGUACGUCGGAUAAAGUGUUCAGUUUUGUUGAUACCCCUGCAUAUCUCCUUCGUCAUCCCUUAGCUCGGCAGCACACAAUCACUUCAUUGUCCUUUACGCCGGAAUCAAGUCCCGUAGCUCCAUGUAACCUGUUCUAAUCCACUUCCUUUUCUCACUCUACGUCUAC